UUCAAGCACAACAUUCAUUUCCAUUAGAACAUCAUUCAGAAACAAACUAUAUAACUAAUCAUUAUACAAUGGAAGCUUCUUACUGUUUAUGUGGUCGACCCUACGAUCCAAAUAUUUUUAUGAUACAGUGCGACGCUUGCAAAGAUUGGUUCCAUAGCAGCUGCUGUAAUUUUCAAGAAUACUUGGCCAUUGAAAUAGAUAAAUAUCAUUGCCCGAGAUGUGUUCCAACAUUCGGCCCGUCCAUAAAUAAGCCAAUUCGAAAUUGGCAUCGUCAUGAAUUUUGGGACGAGAAUGCAUUAAAUAAAUCGGUACAGACAGGUACUGCAGUUUUUAUCAGAGAAUUAUGUGCUAGACAUUUUGCACCGGAAGGAGAAGUUGUUGUACAUAUGCGUGGACAACAACUUACAGAAACCUUUUUAAAAACGCAUGGAUUUAAUAACCCAGUUGUCAUAGAUAAUAAAGAUGGAUUAGAAAUGACUUUGCCACCAGAUAAUUUUAGUCUCUACGAUGUAGAAUCUUAUGUUGGCGGAGAUAAAGAAAUUGAUGUAAUUGAUGUGUGUCGUCAAACUAAUAUAAAAAUGAAAUUACGUGAGUUCGUCGAAUAUUUUAAUAGUUUAAAUCGUACACGAGUGUUUAACGUUGUUAGCUUAGAGUUCUCAAAUACAGGAUUAGCAAAUUUAGUCGAAGCUCCAUUUAUAGCACGAAAAUUAGAUUGGGUUAACACUGUUUGGCCACCUGAUUAUGCAGGAAAGCCGCAGGUUCAAAAAUAUUGUUUAAUGAGUGUAAAAGAUUCUUACACAGAUUUUCAUAUCGAUUUUGGUGGUACGAGCGUUUGGUAUCAUGUUCUAAGGGGAGAAAAAAUAUUUUAUUUUAUUAAACCUACUCCAGCCAAUCUUACUCUUUAUUCACAAUGGAUGACAUCUUCUAAUCAAAGCGAAACUUUUUUUGGGGAUCAGGUUGACCAAUGUUUUAAAUGUGUUAUACGACAAGGUCAAACAAUGCUCAUCCCAACAGGUUGGAUCCACGCUGUUUAUACACCGGUUGAUUCCCUUGUUUUUGGUGGAAAUUUUCUUCAUAGUCUUAAUAUAGCCAUGCAGUUGAGUUGUUACGAAAUUGAGAAAAAGACUAAAACUGAGAAAAAAUAUCUUUAUCCUAAUUUUGAAAUGAUCAAUUGGUUUGCUGGUGCCUAUUUACUUGAACAAAUAAUUGAAAUUAACCUUGAAGAAAGUAGAUGUCCGGAAAAUUUGUUGAUAGGAUUAAAAGCUCUUCAUCAUUCUUUGAAACACUGGAACAAUGAGAAAGACUAUAAUAUGGCAGUAAGAGAACAAAUGCCGUUUACACUGAACGUACCCAAACUGCUUAAAGAUAUUGGUAAAGAAAUACGUCAUGCUGAAAGAUAUAUAAACCAUUUGAAUCCUCCAAAACCUGAACGGGAGUCAAAGCGAAAAAGAAAAAAGCCGGUAAAUAAAGAUUUUGUUGAUUAUUCUCUUUCUCCAAAAACAGCUGCAAUUGACUACAUGCCAGUACAUGAACCGCCAUUAACAGUGAAGUACCCUCGACAAUCACCGCUUAAAUUGACCCUUCCAAAACCUGCGUUAUAUCCCUACGAAAGAACAAGUAAUUUCUCAGAACAAGGCUCAGCGAGUUCUACUAUACCCCAUAACAAUAUCGAACACCAGUGGGGUUUACCAGUUAUACCUUUUGAUCGCCCCCAAGAAACUGUUGCCAUACACCGUGGUGGAGCUGUUCUCAAGUUUAAAUUGGGGACAAAAGAUAUAAUACCACAAAAUGUAACAAAUUCAACACCUGUCAACGAGUUCAACUUUGGUGAUGGAUUAAUAGGAAGUUCAGAGGACAUAUAUGAUUUUCAUGACGAUAGUGAUAGAGACGAAGACUGUUUUAAUUUUACAAUAGAUGAAACUCCACCGAAAAAACAAAGAAAGUCUGGUAUCAAAAUGCGUUUACCAGUAAAAACAAAAUUAUCCCGUUUGGAAGAGGGAGAAGGAUCAAAUGGAAUAGAAUCUCUAAUACAAGCUUCAGCCUUAUCUGUGCCGAGGCCUAUGGAAGGCGGAACAUCUCCUUCUACUCAAGAAGCUAUAGCUGGUAUGCUCUCUAUCAGCCAAACUUGGCAACCUGGCAAGACUCAGCGAAGAAAAUACAGUCACAGUCCUGUAGAGGAGAAUGUUAAUAAUGUCCAUCAAGAUGACGAUUACAUUUACCCAUCCUUAGACAAUUCUGAUGAUGAAGACGUACAUAUUUUCAAGCCAAGAGGUAGAUCCAAAGUCGAUGAAGCUUGGAAUCCAAAAGCAAGAGUUGGACCUUUGCUACCAAAAAUGAAUCGCCCUGCUCGCGAGGGUACGAAAAAACAGUGUGUUGAAAAAGUACUUGAAGCUGCAGCAGCUCGAAGAGUCAACGAUUCACCAGAAAAAUCCCCAAAGAGGCAGUACCGUCGUAAGAAAAUUAAACCAAAGUUAGAGCUAAGAAGCCCAUCGACCAGUGCUACUUCUAUACCUAGUACCUCUACUACCCACACAACUGCCAUUAAUGCAAGUAGUAGUGGAAACCCACCAAAACCUCGAAAGGGUAUGAAGACUGUAAAACAACGAUUAGGUAAAAUCUUAAAAAUUCAUAAAAUGAUACAUUAAUAUAUUGAAUGUUCUAUCAUAUAAUUUAUUGUUGUUUAUUAUCUUUGAAAUCUCAGUAUUCUUAUUCUUUUAUUUUAUUAUUUUAUAUUUUUAUUUUAUUUCGUAACAUUCCGUUUCUUAAUAUUUGAAAUGCAACGAAAUUAUUUUUUUAUUAUUUUUCAAGGUAUAAAAUAUAAAGGUUAUAAAUCAUGAU